AUUUUCAUUCUCUCAUUUUAGGUGGCAAUCUUGAACUUCCUCCUUGAGCAGCAUGUUACACGCUGGUUUGAAGUCUGCAGAGGAGCCGCUGUGGAUCUCCCAAAGUCCGCAGGAAUAACGCUGCUGGUGAAAGCUUUCAUCAUGGGGGACAUGAAAACCCCAGACUUUGAUGACCUCUUGGCUGCUUUUGACAUCCCUGAUCCGACAAGCCUUGAUGCCAAGGAGACCAUCCCAUCAGCUGGGGAGGAGAACGAGAAUCACCUGAAGUCAUCGGGAAUCUGUAUAGAUGAAAAUGUGUCCUUGUCCCACUCUUUGCCUCCCUCUGAUGCUCCUGUCGUGAGUGUAAUAGUGAAGAACACAAGUCGCCAGGAGUCCUUUGAAGCAGAAAAGGAGGGAAAUCACCUGGGGACUGGUCUGCUACACAACGGGUUUCGUGGGUCUGAUCUACCAUCAGAGGCUCAUGCUUUAGUGCAUAAUUAUGGGAAGUUUGAGUCGACUUUUAUUAAUGGUGAUAGCUCAAGAAGUUACUCUGAAAAAUUGGACCAGUCCAAAUCGGAGCCUUUGCCAACAUUUAGUCAGUUUAGCCCGAUCUCCAGCCCUGAACCAGAGGAUGCGUUCAAAGAGAACAGUAUUGGUGAUAAACUGAAACAUGCCCAAACUCCAUAUUUUCCACCACCUUCGAUGUAUAUACCAACAGGAGCUUCAGUACUAGAUCAUUUUAGGAAGGUACCAGAGCCUGAAUUAAGCAUGUUUGAUCAAUACUGUAAAAAGGAUCAAAAGAUGGAGAUCCACUUCCAGCCAGAUAGUAGGCUGGAAAUGAGCAGGAGAGACCAAGACAAAGCCGCGGAGAGGUUUGUGGAGUCAGGCAAGGACUUGGUAGAUACUAAUAGCUUCCUUGGAGAAGGCUUGGUGUUUGGAGAUCUCCCUCACAAUAACUUAGGAGAAGAUAAAGGGUCUGUGCCCGAUCUUAACAUGUCUUCGUCAGUACCACCUCGCCAGAGGUUAAAGCCAACUCAUUCAAAGUUGUCGUCCUGCGUGGCUGCAUUAGUAGCUCUUCAGGCCAAAAAGGUCGCCUGUAUUCCGAAAGGCGAUCAGCCGAACCUUACAAAGGAACCUGGUCCUUUUAAAGAUGGGACAAAGGGAAGUCCAAAAAUGCCCAAGUCGCCAAAGAGUCCGCGAAGCCCCUUAGAGGUGGUGAGGAAGGCCAGCAAGCAGCCCGAGAGUCCUCGAAGCGUGUGCAGCGACAGCAGUGGGAAAGGCUCGCCUUCCAUGGCAGCCGGUUCUCCACCAGCUAUUCCCAAAGUUAGAAUAAAGACUAUCAAGACAUCCUCUGGUGAAAUCAAAAGAACUGUAACUAGAAUUUUGCCAGAAAACGAUGAGCUGGGUAAAUCGUUAGAAGAGUCACCUGCAGAAACCUCAUCUGCUGAAGAGUUUAUCAAAUCCUUCCCUUCCCCUGACACUAGCGCGGUUAUGGAAAGUGAGGCUAGCAAGAACUCAACCAAAAAUGGGGCUGCUGUGGCUAUCCAGCUGUCAAACAUAGCGAGUCCUUACACAGAUAGUAUGAAAACAGAUCUUGCUGCAAACAGCACAUCUGCCGUGUCUUUAUCUCCACUGCCAAACUGCAGUGGCGGUGCCAUAAAAGUAGGUAUCACUGGGCAGCAGCUGAGCAAGAGGCAGCAGCAGAGUAUCGUGGUGCAGCCAUCCAGCGUGACCACCUCCAGCCUUCUUCCCAAAGCUGUGCACUUGGCAAAUCUCAACUUAGUUCCUCACAGUGUUGCUGCUUCUGUUACGGCGAAGUCAUCAGCGCAGAGGCGGAAUCAGCCUCAGGUGACUCAAAUGUCUGUGCCGCUGGUGCAUCAAGUAAAGAAAGCUGCUCCUGUCAUUGUGGAGGCAUUUAACAAAGUACUGCACAGUGCCAAUCCGGUGCCAAUAUAUACUCCAAACCUUAGCCCUCCACCUGACACCAGUAUUAAUUUACCUGCCUCUGGGUACUGUUGCCUGGAAUGUGGGGAUUCGUUUGCCUUAGAGAAAAGCCUGACUCAACACUAUAGUAGGCGAAGCGUUCACAUUGAAGUCAUGUGCACUCAGUGUUCAACUAUGCUACUUUUUUUUAAUAAGUGUAGCUUGCUUAAACAUGCAAGAGAUCAUAAGAGCAAAGGAUUUAUCAUGCAGUGUUCUCAGCUGUUGAUGAAACCAAUUUCCGUAGACCAAAUGUUUUCACCUUCUACAAGCUCUUCAGCAUCUUUGGCUCCUCAGACUUUGCACUCGCCCUCUCCUUCACGAAAACCCAAUGCAACUUCAGGAAACGGGGUGGGAAUUUCUACAAACACUCAGCCCGCUUUGCCUCUCUACACGGACCCAUUGCGACUAAUCCGUCAAGGACUCAAGUGUUUAGAAUGUAACAAGCAGGCGCAGGAUUACGUUGCUUUAGCGGCUCAUUACCAGAGAACCUCAGAAGAUAAUGAGAGACUGACUUGCCAAGUGUGCCAGAUGAUGCUGCCCAACCAGUGCAGCUACUGCGCUCACCAGAGGAUCCACGCUCACAAGUCCCCGUACUGCUGCCCGGAGUGCGGGGCCGUCUGCCGCUCUGCCUACUUCCAGACUCACGUCAAAGAGAACUGCCUGCAUUACUCCCGCAAAGUCGGAUUCAGGUGCAUCCAUUGUGGCGUUGUCUUCAUGACCCUCGCAUUGCUGAAAGUGCACAUUCAUGAGAAACACUGCGAAGUCUUCCACAAGUGUUCUUUUUGCCCAAUGGCCUUCAAGUCAGCAGAGAGCACCACAGCUCACAUGACCAGCCAGCACCCAGGAGAGCCUCACAAGACGACUCAGGUGAUCUACAAAUGUUCUUGUGAGACUGUCUUUAACAAGAAGAAGCUGCUCCAAGAGCACUUUCAGCAGAAUACCAACAAGUUGUUAGUGGGCGUGUUUAAGUGUCCGCAGUGUCAGCUGGUGUAUAUGCAGAAACAGCAGUUAAUGCAGCACGUUAAGGGUGUUCAUGGAGUCCCCCAAAAUCCUGAGGAGCUUUUAAACUUUCGCCAGAAGUCUGAGAAGUCAUCAAGGAACCAGGUUCAUAACCUACCAAAGGAGCUGUCAGUAGCCAACGGGACUUCCCACUCGUCUCUGUCGAGGAAGGACGUGAGGAUGGAAGGACACAACCCCGAAUCCAAGUCCAGACUAAGAAGAACUGGUUGGACUUGCAAGGAGUGUUCACAGUGGAUUCCUGAUCGGGAAACCUACGUGUCCCACAUGAAGAGAAGUCAUGGAAGGUCUGUGAAGAGGUAUCCCUGUCGACAGUGUGAACGCUCGUUUAAUGCCUCCAACAGUCUGCGUAGACACAUCCGCAAUAAUCACGACACAGCAAAGAAAGUUUACACUUGCUGGUACUGCACAGAUGAAAAUCAGACAUUUCCUCAGCCAUUCAUGCUGGAGAAUCACAUCAGCCUCAUGCAUGGCAUCAAAAACCCAGACUUAUCCCAGAUGGCCAAAGCAAAAGCUCCAGAGAGAGACGCAGCAGAAGCAAGAUCUCCAAAGAGGAUGGCAACGGAUGAGCUGGGUCAGGCGGAGACCACUGCAGGUUCAGACGCGCCGUCAGCCAAAAAACUGAAAGCGCAUUGGAAAUGUGCUAAAUGUGGAUUUGCAACAGACAUCAGUACUGAGUUUCAGGAACACAUACCUCAGCACAAGACAGACAGCUCCACGUAUCAGUGCUUGUUCUGCGGCUUGUGUUACACGUCUCACAUCUCUCUGAACAGACACCUCUUCAUCGUUCACAAAGUAAAAGAUGAGGAGGAAGAGGAGGAGGAGGAGGAAGAGGAGGAUGAGGAGCAGGAGGAGGAAGAAGAGGAAAGGGAGAAGUUACAAGCAGAGAUGAAUGAGAACGGACAUGAGGGGUAUAAUGGCGAGAUGAACACUACAGUGGAAGAAGAAAACCUGAAAUGCAAAGAGUGCAAAAUUGACUCAGCUCUUUGUGAACACAGGCAGACGUGUGGUGUGGAGGGUCCUAAUAGCACCUCUCAGAACAAUCAUUCAAAGUCUCUUAAGACUUAAAAACAAAAACAAAAUGAAACAAAAACCCUUUUGGUCUGUUGGGGUUUUUUGUUCGGGGGUUUUUACUUAAAAUACUGGGUGGGGAUGGGGCAAAUCUUUGAAAUAUUCUGUUGAUUUCUUGGGAUGGACAUUGCUUUCCGUUAACUUCCAUUUGUAAGGGAAAUUUAAAAAAGAAAAAAACCCUGCCAUUUCAUCCUAAGCACUAACUCUCUGCCAGAUCAGAGAGGUGAAAAGGGAAAGCAGGGCGAGAAUCCUCGCUGGAGCUUGUCCAACUCCUGAGGAUCAAGGAGCACUUUCUGCAGCUGCAGUUUCCUAAAGAUGAGCUCUUCUCCUUUGAGUGUGCACUGCCUCAGCCUCUGCCCGGAGCCCCUGCCUUGCCUUCCUUGUCUUGCUUUCUUUCUUCUCCUAUUUAUGACUUUUUUUUUUUUUCUUCCCAUCCUGCCUUUGUUUUACUUAAUUCAUACUGCUGUCUCAGCAGAACACACUCAUCAGGGCCACACUGGCUGAUCUGAGAUUGUGUGUGUGUUCUGCGGGACAGGCUCAAGCUGUACUCCAGCUUCCGUUUAUUUUACUGCCCUAAUAACAAUCUUAUUUUCCAAAAGGUAAUUUAAUGAAAUGUCACAAAUCUAACUCGCCCUGAAGGAGAGUUUCACAGUCAUUGUCAUCCUGUGCGAGAGUGGGUGGGUAUGGCACUUUGCCUCUCCGCGCCAGGGAGGCAAAAUGGGGAUGGGGUUUUGUUGUCCCUGGAGCAGAAAAUGUUCCCCCCCCAGGGCUGCCCAUGACCAUGGUGUCUCUGGGCAUCCAAGGUGCCCACGUCCUGGUGGGUUUGGUGGGGAGAGGUCCCCGGAGGGGUGCUGGCAGAGCCGGGCUGCCCCCGCUGCCACCUCACCCUUGGGCUCGUGCCCCUUCCAUAGCCCUUCUCCCCCCGGCUCGCUGUCAUCCAUUUCUUCGGAGGCGUUUAUUUCCCCAUGGUCAUAUUGACUCUGUCCCUGCUGUUCCCUCGCUCAUCCCCCUGGCACACACAUGCUUCGUGUAAUAUAAUUAUCUCCUGUACCAUUUUUUAUGUUGAGCCAGAAUCCUGCUCGUUAUUGUUUACUAUGACAAUGUUUAAAUAAUUUAAGAACUAUUUAUCUUAUUGCAUUCGAAUUGCUCACUUUCUUGUCUCAAUGUGUUUUGAUACGAACAGUUUGGACUCUUUGUAUUUUUUGAUACUGUGUACAUUAGCCUAGGGAAUGUUUUACGAGGUAGCCUACGUAGAGUAACGAUAGCGGGGGGCACUCCCAAGCCAUCACAUAAUCUAUUUAAUCCGCAGCGGCGUUUGUGCCUUGCUACGAUGUUUACUUCAAAGUAUUUCAAAUAAAAGCAUCCAACAGUG